GCGACGCCUGUCUAUUGUCCUACCUUUGUUGUUUGCGGUUGCUGUCACGUGACCACUAUCGUGUAAACAAAAGCGUCAAAGCCGGUUGGGCGCAAUGAGAGCCGCCACUUUUCACGAAACUGUGGACGUUUCAGUUAUGCCUGUGACCUCACUUGAGCUCUGUUCCCUCGGGAGAGUGUCAUACACUGCAACAGUGUCCUACGACGGACUGGGGGAAAAAACCAACAAAAUGCGGAGUCUCCAACGUGUGCUGUGGAGGAUAUUUUAUUUUCUUCUUCUGGUAUCGACGGUCAGUUUAUGGGGCAAAUGGGUGUUUGCAAGACUGGGAAAGCCGGGAAUCUACACCCUCGUGCUGAAUGGGAGCAGCUCGCUGAUGGAUGUAACAGCCAGACUGUCUUCUGGCUGCACCGUGAACUGCACUGCACCGCCAAGUCGACCACUGGACUGCAAGAGCAAGCAGCACCCGACAAACAUCGUGUUCCUGAAGAUCCACAAGUCGGGCAGUACGACGGUGGCAAACAUCCUGGCCCGAUACGCUUUGACCCAUGACCUCAACGUGGCUCUCCCCAACAAGCCAAUCAACGCGAUCCGCAGCAAUUAUUUUGAGGCCGGCAGCUUCCGGGAGGACCAGGUGCAACCAAUCGCAGUUGGUCAGCAGUACCACGUGCUGUUCAAUCACAUGAUCUUCAACAGCACGGCUCUCAAGCACCUCAUGCCUCCAGACACCUUUUACUUGACCAUCAUGCGUGAGCCGACGAAGCGGUUCGAGUCAGCUGUGCAUUACUACAACAUCCUCAGCCUUCCUAAAGUAGUGGAAACCUUAAACUCAUUAAUAAAGAAACAAAUGUUUGCAGACAUCCUAGGAAAACCAUCUGCGCUGGCACACAACGGCCUGGAUACUUUCGAUGCAAAAUGCAAUGAAACAGAUAAAAUAAAUAAUCCAAUACGUUGUCUCACUUCUACCAAACCCUCGCCCGGGAAAAACUACACCAAAGGAGAAGAUAUUUUUACAGGUAAAACCAGUUUACCUUCGCACUUACAAAAACUUGAAGAUACGAAGAAUUCGGGCAAUAAAUUUGACAAAAGUUUGCUGCGUGUGUUAGCGACGAGAUUACUUGACUUGCCGAUGUCAGGUACCAGCUCAGGUCCUCACACCAAGAUCGCGCUAAGACCGAGGGUUUCCGCCGAGUUUGUGUCAAAAGCAGAAGACGACACCAGCUCAGCGCGAUCUAAGACGGAUCCCAGAGUGAUGCAGAUGCUGCAGCAGCUGAUGAACGAUGCCGCCAGGUCACUGAGACAGCAGCAGCAACAUAAUAACGGUUCCUUGUCUGCGCUGCUUCGGAAAGACAUCAGGGAAUCGCUGCAGGUUCCGGAGAUCUACAACUCCAUCGCCUUCAACUCUGGCCUGCCGCUGAAUCGGCAAAAGGACGAGAAGGCGGUGACCGAGCACAUCGCCAAGCUGGACCACGAGUUCCACCUGGUGAUGAUCAUGGAGCGUUUCGACGAGUCCCUCAUCCUCCUCAAGCGCAAAGCCUGCCUGGAGCUGAGAGACAUCGUUUACUUCAAGCUGAACGCGGUGGUCAAAGGUCGAGGCCACCGCCUGACGGACGACGACCGAAAGGUUCUCCGCGGCUGGCAGAUGGCCGAUCAUGUGAUUUAUGAAUUUUUCCUAAUAAAGUUCCAAUCGGAAGUGGAGGCAAUGGGGGAAGAUUUUGGUCGAGAAGUUCUGCACUUCCAAGGGAUCUUGAAGAGGCUUCGGAAUUUCUGUGAUACCUUAGCCAAGUUUGUCGACGUGCUGGUGGUGAAGGCGUCUGUCUGGAACGAGGAAUUCACGCUGGGCGCGCGUGACUGCGACAUGAUGAAGCUCGACGAGAUGAUCUUUCAGGCCAUGCUUAGCGUGCGGGCUGCCCAAAGAUUAGACCUUGCCACUACCAGCAGCAGUUUAAAUAAAGUCACUUAG